GUUACUGUAUUGUAUGUAUCCAUCACACAGUGUCUUUAUCCUGUCAGCAUUUAAUGUUAUCUCUUUGCUAGGAAUGUAGCCGCGAAGGUUAAUUAACCAUAUUAGGACUUCCUAUUCUUACAUGUGUUAUGGCUUUCUCGAUCAUCUGUCUCUCCCAUGAAUUCUCUCAGAAACCUCCGUAUAUCUAAUAUUAUAGGCUAGAGAUUAUACCAAAUAUUUGAGUGACGGAAGGAGGGGUGCAACCCCCCCCCCCCCUAUAUUACGUGCUUACGGACUACCGAAUAAACUAGAGUGAAUUUGACCAGACAAACUGUUGUUACGUGUUAUUUCUGGUAGAUUCAUUCUCCUGGAUCCAGAUAAAGACUUAAAUCAAGCUAACCACCAAAGUUCGGUACCAGGGGUACCUAGAUAAGAUCAGAUCUCCUUACAAUCUGGGGGCUCAGUCCGGGGUCGAGAAAGUCAUCCCCGGAUCCAUAUGAGGGAUAUCUGUUUUAUCCUCUGUCUGAUCCGAGGGCACUGACAGUGUCUCGAUCCAAGUAAGUAGAACCAUUUACUUAGAAACUUCGGGGGGUUGCUUUGUCUGGGACACAGAGUGUCAGGGACACAAUAGACAAAGGCUCAGGGAGUCAUAGGUGAUUAUAAGAGGUGCUCCGGGAGCCCCAUAUCACCUUAGUCAGAGAUAAGUGCACUUAAAACUAAAAGAAGCUGUUCGGGGAACAGAAGGAACCAACUCACCCAUUCCGGGUAGGAGACCAGGUGAUUGUCAAGGCCCUCCAGAAGGGAAAGAAGACGGGGAGCUUCAUCUACGGACAACCCACCGAGGUAGUCUCCAUCACCAAAACAGCGGUCCUCACUGAGCAGUCACCCACCUGGAUCCACGCCACAAGGAUCAAGCUGUUAAAGAAAAGAGAGGUGCUAACGGAGGCAGACAGCCUUGACCUCGAAAAAGGCGAAAAAGGGGUAAAAACGGGGGCAGACAGCCCUGACCCCCAACUAGGCGAAGAAGGGGUACAAACGGGGGCAGACAGCCCUGACCCCCAACUAAGCGAAGGUCUCCAUGAGUUCUGGCAGUUAAUUUCUAAUAAUGACACUGAAUGCGGAACCUGGAAAAUGAAAUACCCUUUGCUAACAGAGACCCCACACUCAGGGGCAGGUAUACACAUAUACCCAGGGAAUUACACAUGCUAUAGGGGAGAAAAGGAAGGUGUCAAUAGAAAGAACUUCACAAAGGGAUAUUGUGCUAGUUAUAGCUCUGUAGAAGUGUCACUCACUCAGAACCAAGUUUUUUCAAUAGGUGACAUUUACUGGAUCUGUGGCGAUGGUAAGUGGAAAGGAGAGUGUGCUCUAGCUAAAGCCAUUAUGAACAUUCACAUAAUCACAGAAGGGGGAGAACACGUAAACUCUGCCACAAAAAGGAUAAAGAGGUCAACACCUGCAGGUAGCGUCCAUCCACAUGUAUACAUAGACACAAUAGGGGUCCCAAGAGGGGUCCCUGAUGAGUUCAAAGCCAGGAGUCAAGUCGCUGCGGGCUUUGAAUCUAUUCUUUCUAUAAUCACUGUGAACAAAAAUGUAGACUGGAUUAAUUACAUUUACUAUAAUCAACAAAGGUUUGUAAACUACACAAGGGAGGCGUUACGAGGUGUUGCAGAGCAGCUCCAAGCUGAUUCCAUUAUGACAUUACAAAACAGAAUGGUCUUAGAUAUGAUUCUUGCAGAAAAAGGUGGGGUGUGCAAAGUGCUUGUGGAUCCUACAACAUGCUGCACCUUCAUACCUAACACUGGUCCCAAUGGUAAAGUAACUAUUGCAAUACAAAAGUUAGAGGACCUGUCUGCCGAACUAAAAAAGAACUCAGGUAUUACAGAUCCCUGGGAUCAAUAUUUUGGAUGGUUUACUAACUGGAAACAUGCAUUAACACAAUUAGCUAUUAUAAUUUUUGUAAUCAUUAUAGUUAUUGCUGCAUUUUCUCUAUGUGUGAUACCAUGUAUUAGGAGGUUGCUAGAAAAGGGAGUCGCCAAUGCCACGGCCACAUUUUACCAGGCCACGCCCUCAUUGGCUAAUGAAGAUACUACACCCAGUGGAUACAUGCAAUACCUAAAACUCUACAGAGAAAGGAAGUUAAAAAAAGGAGAACCGUAUAGUAUAAAAUAUUAUAAGGUUCUAAGAGGGGAUUGAAGGGGUUACUGUAUUGUAUGUAUCCAUCACACAGUGUCUUUAUCCUGUCAGCAUUUAAUGUUAUCUCUUUGCUAGGAAUGUAGCCGCGAAGGUUAAUUAACCAUAUUAGGACUUCCUAUUCUUACAUGUGUUAUGGCUUUCUCGAUCAUCUGUCUCUCCCAUGAAUUCUCUCAGAAACCUCCGUAUACCUAAUAUUAUAGGCUAGAGAUUAUACCAAAUAUUUGAGUGACGGAAGGAGGGGUGCAACCCCCCCCCCCCCCUAUAUUACGUGCUUACGGACUACUGAAUAAACUAGAGUGAAUUUGACCAGACAAACUGUUGUUACGUGUUAUUUCUGGUAGAUUCAUUCUCCUGGAUCCAGAUAAAGACUUAAAUGAAGCUAACCACCGAAGUUCGGUACCAGGGGUACCUAGAUAAGAUCAGAUCUCCUUACACCGGUGAUCUGCUUUUCAUGAGCCAAUGGCCGCAUCAUUGGAUAUAACCGCUUGGAAACCUGAGGAUAUAGUAAACAUUUCUGCUCACACCCAACCUGGGGGCGUGACUUCAGGUGCAUGGCGGUGUCCACAGUCUAGGAGGACAAACCUAAACCAGUAAGCCACCUAACACGGCCCAAAGUGGCUGUUUGGCUGUCUUGGAAAGAAUACGGGGGAUUGCUGCAGGAGGAUGGGGACGUGAGCAAAACUUUUGAGACGUACCUGUGUCUUUGUUGAUGUGGGAGGAGAGACACUGUGCUGCGGAGCUGAGGAAACAGCGUGCCAGAGAGCUCGUCGGAGCGCUGUAACGCGGCAGAACAGCUGACCAAAGCAUAGGUCAGGGGGUGGAAGCAGAUGCCAUACAGGGGCCAAAGUGAGGCUGCAUAGAGUGGGGACACAGCGCCGGGGUCAGGAUGAAGAAGCGACAGAGAAUUAGACACAGCCCAGAGCGCUUUGUAGAUGCAGAAGGAAGGCUACCCAGAACAGACUGAGGACUUGUGGAACAGUGUGGAACACUGACCUUGCAGGGGAUGGCAAUCUAUGGAUGAGUGGAAAAUCAACAACUG